GUUUUUGAAUGAAACAGUUGGGUUGGAUGAUUGGAUCGAUGAUAUUUGAUAAAAUUCCAUUUCAUCCACACUCUUUUAACACUUCGACAGAAAAAUUAAACUAAACAACAAAAACAAAUUAUCCGAUUUCGCAUUUCAGGUAUACCAUCCAAAUCCCAUUCUCUGCUCACAUAAAUUAAAGGUUAAUCAACAAGGAAAUCGAUUGAGAGAAUCAGAGAUGAUGAUGAUGGAUGUGAGAUGGGGUUGUACUUCCAACCCAUCAUCACCAUCAUCAUCAUCGUCAUCGGCGUCUCAUCAUCACCUUUUUCGUACUUUCCCUUCUCAUCCUCACAAAAACAGCAGAUUCUUCGAAUUUGGAUUUCAUAAAAGAGGGCAAAAUUCAUCAUCUGGAAAUUCUAGGUUUGGAGUCAGAGCUAGUGGUGAACUAACCAGUUUCUUCUUCUCAGCAUCUUCCCCAGUAAAGAUCGAUUUGGACACUCCUGAGACGUUCCAGUCUCAAGAUUUUUCACAGCUGUCUUGGGUUGGUCCAGUUCCUGGGGAUAUAGCAGAGGUGGAGGCGUAUUGUAGAAUUUUUAGAGCUGCAGAACAGCUUCAUAUUGCUCUAAUGGAAACGUUAUGCAACCCGGAAACCGGAGAGUGUUCUGUUACAUAUGAUUCCUCCUCCGAGUCUGAGGAAGAUUUUCCCUUACAAGAAGAGAAAGUAGUGGCGGUGCUGGGACGCAUGGUUGCUCUACUGAAUAAAGGAAGGGCAGAUGUUCUAUCUGGGCGAUCAUCUGGUUCCUCUCAAUUUGUGACAGAUAUUAACAUAUCAGAGGGCAAGGUACCACCACUUGCCAUUUUUAGGGCAGAGAUGAAAAUGUGUUCUAAAAGUUUACAUGCUGUGCUUAAGAACUAUUUACGUUCCUCUGACAAUCGAAGCAAGAAUAUCUGGAGAAAAUUGCAAAUGUUGAAAAAUGUCUGCUAUGAUGCUGGAUUUCCCCGUGCUCAUGAUUGCCCUUGUCAAACGUUGUUUGCAAAUUGGGCACCUGUACCCCUGCACCCUUCGAAAGAAGGCCAACUUUUAACUAAAGGUUGUGAAGUUGCUUUCUGGAGAGGUGGCCAGGUCAUAGACGAAGGUUUAAAGUGGUUAGUGGAUAGAGGUUUUAAAGUGGUUGUUGAUCUCAGAGCAGAGGUUGUCCAAGAUGAUAUCUAUCAAGCAGCGCUUGAAGAUGCUGUUUCAAGUGGGAGAAUUGAAGUGGUAAAACUUCCUGUUGAAGUUGGAACUGCACCUUCAAUGGAUCAAGUCGAGAGGUUUGCUUCUUUGGUGGCGGAUCCUGAUAUGAAGCCACUUUAUCUGCACAGCCAGGAAGGUGUUUGGAGAACUUCUGCUAUGGUCUCUAGAUGGAGACAGCAUAUGGCUCGUUCACCUUCACAUCUUAUAGAUUCCAAGCGGACUACCAGGCGUACAAAAGAUCUUGAUGAAGAUGAAAGAGGGAAAGGGAAAGGGAAAGAUCAAUCUCCUUCGCUAUUAGAAAGUGAGAACGGUGCAGUGGAGGUGGGAUCUCUUGCGAAUUUCAGCGCCGAUGUAGACCCACUCAAUGCUCAGUUCCCUAGUGGUGAUAUUUUCUCUAAAAGAGAAAUGUCCAGUUUUUUCAGAAAUAGAAACAUCUCACCUCCAGAAUUUUUUAAUUAUCGUAGGAAAAAAUUUGAGGAAGCACUGGUCUCAAGAAAGACAGGUUGGGCUGCAGUUGCAAAUAGUGACAUAGUACCUCUGGUUGAUCCAGUAUCAGGAUUGCUGGACACAGGAGGUCCAAAUGGUGUAACUGAGCAGGAGUUAUGCUUGAAGCCUCAAAAUGUUCCCAUCAACGGAAAGUUUGUUGCUGGCAGUGAUAAUUAUGUUUCUAUUGGCGUGGAUGCAAAAGGUUAUGAUUUAACAGAGAAGAAAGACAUCAAUGCCAAAACUCAGCAUUCCUUGGUCGAAAAUCUUGGCUUGGAAAAGAACGGAAAGCCUACAACUAUCAGUGAAGAUCGAAAAGGCAUUGAAAAAGAUUUAAUAGCUCCAAAUGACAGUAACAUGGAGAUAUUUGAGGGGGAUAUGUGUGCUUCUGCAACUGGUGUGGUUAGAGUGCAGUCAAGAAAGAAAGCAGAGAUGUUCCUAGUCCGGACAGAUGGACACUCAUGUGCUAGGGAAAAGGUAACAGAGUCCUCUUUGGCGUUUACUCACCCUAGCACUCAACAGCAGAUGCUAAUGUGGAAAUCCCCACCCAAAACUGUAUUAUUGCUUAAAAAGCUGGGAAAUGAGCUGCUUGAAGAAGCUAAAGAGGUUGCCUCUUUUUUGUACUACCAAGAGAAAAUGAAUGUUCUUGUAGAACCUGAUGUGCACGACGUAUUUGCAAGAAUCCCAGGAUUUGGUUUUAUUCAGACCUUUUACAGUCAAGAUACCAGUGACCUUCACGAAAGAGUAGACUUUGUAGCUUGUUUAGGCGGAGAUGGGGUCAUACUCCAUGCAUCAAAUUUAUUCAGAGGUGCUGUUCCCCCGGUGGUCUCAUUUAAUCUCGGAUCUCUUGGGUUUCUCACUUCGCAUACUUUUGAAGAUUUCAGGCAGGACUUGAGACAAGUCAUCUAUGGGAACAACACUUUGGAUGGAGUUUACAUAACUCUUAGGAUGCGUCUCCAUUGUGAAAUAUUCCGAAACGGAAAAGCAAUGCCUGGGAAAGUAUUUGAUGUCCUCAAUGAGGUGGUCGUCGAUCGGGGUUCUAAUCCAUACCUAUCUAAAAUUGAAUGUUAUGAACAUCACCGCCUCAUAACUAAAGUGCAAGGUGAUGGAGUCAUUAUAGCCACGCCUACAGGGAGUACAGCUUAUUCGACAGCAGCAGGGGGAUCCAUGGUUCAUCCGAAUGUUCCAUGCAUGCUGUUCACACCCAUCUGCCCACAUUCUCUUUCUUUCAGACCUGUGAUCCUCCCAGACUCUGCACAGCUAGAAUUGAAGAUACCUGCAGAGACCAGAAGUAAUGCAUGGGUUUCGUUUGAUGGGAAAAGGCGACAACAGCUAUCUCGAGGAGAUUCGGUUCGGAUAUGCAUGAGCAAACAUCCACUCCCAACGGUCAACAAAUCGGAUCAAACCUGUGACUGGUUCCAUAGCUUAAUCCGCUGCCUCAACUGGAAUGAGAGGCUAGAUCAAAAGGCCUUAUAGAAAGAUAUCACAAGUAAGUUUAGUGCAAAUGUUGUAUGUACAUGAUUUACAUAGAAAAGAAAAAUAGUUCAUUUAUCCUAUAAUUAGAGUAAAAUGUGUGAUAUUUCAUACCCACUAAUCAUUGUCCUUCCAACAUAGUUCAACCACAUAACUUGAUACCAGUUGGUACAUAUUACUUGUUCCCAGUUGUUUGUGCGGUGAAUCCCAUCCAUCAGUUAUUGUAAUAUUUGUAAAACAUUUACCAGAAGUUAUAAUAGCUCAUGGUAAAUCCUAUUUAUAGGCUUCCAUUUCAGAGGAAGAGAAUAAUUGAAAGUAAAUAGUUUCGAA